AUGAGUAAUGAUUUCAUAGUGUACCGUGGUGGCUGGAUUGCAGGAAGUCUUGCUGUGAUGAGCGAUGCAGCGCACAUCCUGGUUGACUUGACAAGUUUCCUGAUCAGCCUCUUCUCACUGUGGUUAUCAUCGAAACCUCCAACUAAACAGUUAACUUUUGGAUGGCACAGAGCAGAAAUUCUGGGAGCUUUGAUGUCAAUGGUGAUCAUUUGGAUGGUGACUGGCGUGAUGACAUAUUUGGCUAGCCUCAGGCUCCUUCACCCAAAUUAUGAGAUUGAAGCCACAGUGAUGCUCAUUACUUCAGGCUGUGCAGUGAUAGCUAAUAUCAUAAUAAGUUUGACUCUACACCAGGCUGGCCAUGGACAUAGUCACGGAGCACAAGCCAAUGAACAUAUGUCAGCUCCACAACAGAAGCCAGUUUUGGCCAAUGCCAGUGUGAGGGCAGCUUUUGUUCAUGCCAUUGGGGACUUAUUUCAGAGCAUUAGUGUGCUAAUUAGUGCACUUAUAAUAUUCUUUAAGCCAGAAUACAAAAUAGCUGACCCCAUCUGCACAUUUGUCUUCUCCUUCUUUGUUUUGGCAACAACCAUCACCAUUUUAAGGGAUAUUUUGCUCAUCUUAAUGGAAGGAACAACAAAGGUAUUUAAUUAUGAUGCAGUGAAAGAGAAAAUUCUAGCUGUUGACAAAGUGCAAUCUAUCCACAACCUUCAUCUUUGGUCUCUGACAAUGAAUCAGGCUAUUUUAUCUGCUCACGUUGCCACAGCAAACACGGUGGACAGUCAACAGAUUCUAAAAGAAAUUACUCAAGUGCUCCUUGACAAUUACACUUUUCACUCUGUCACCAUUCAGAUAGAACAACAAGCAGAUCAAAAACCAGACUGUGUCUUCUGUCAAGAGCUAAGGGAUUAAAGUAAUCAGGACACCUUGUCAAACUAUCAUCAUGCCUUUAACAGGUCAAUGAGCACUAUACAGGAUGGCUGCAUAUAAUCUACUAGGCACAAACAAAAAUUAAUUAAACAAAAGGGGUUUCUCACAAAGUGCAGUUCACCAUUGUUCUUUAGUGCCAUCUACCACCCGGGGAAAGAAUAGUAAGUGCCUGUACACAUGUGGGAUGCCGCCUCCAACACAUUUGAAUUAGCACACGUCUGAGUGCACUUGAUUAAUCCAGUCUGCUGGAGCGUUCUUAUUACAAUGCUCCAACAGCCUCACUAGCAUGUGUAUUCAAUGUCCCCGCAUUACAAAAUGGCAGCGGAGGCACUUUAACUAAAGCUCAUCAAACAAGCUGCCACCAUUUUGAAGCAUGGGGAACUAAAUACAUAAAACGCCCCCACCCCAACCCUGGAGCACAUGUAUAGAUGCCCAUUAAGUCUAUUUAUCAACUGGAUUAUCUGUAAUGUUUAAAGUAACGUUUAAUCAAGGGCAACAAAAAAGGUAAUCAACUUUCAAAUUACCCACAAGCAAAAUAUUUUAAAAUGACCAGUUGAGAGCUAAGUAAUAUCUUAGCAAAACUCAGUUUCACUGCUAAAGAUAAAGUACACCAUCACAAAAAAGACAGAUAAAAAGAAAAGAGAGCAAGAACAGAAAGUGAUGGUCAUAUACGCUUUGGACUAUGUCCGAUCUAUGCCCAUCCUGUUGCGUGCUAAAAAAAAGAAAAGGACAGCAUCCCUCAUAGGACAGCCAGUAACCUAUAAAUGUGCCCUCUCAAGCCAAUGUUUGAGAAAGUAGUCAUAGCUGAGCUCUAAAACUCAUUGCCGCAGGCAUGAAACAAGACUCCAUGUUUCUGUAAAUAAAAAUAACAUGCAGAUCCAUAGAUGAGGACUAAAGGGUUCAGUGUGCUUAUCUAUCUCAGAAGUGGGCAAAAUACAGCCCACAGGCCAGAUCCGGCCCACCAGGCAAUUCCAUCUGGCCUUUGAGACCUCUCCCAAAGCCAAAAGACAAUUAGCGUCGGCCCUGGCCCUCAGCUGCCCCUCUGAAAGCCAGCACUUCUGGACAGCAGGUGCCAGUGCCCCUACAGCAGCAGCUCUCGAUUUGCUUUCUAAGCAACCAACCCCCACCCCAGCCUGGCUUGAUGUGCCCCCAAACCCAAGAUAGAGACAAGAAGCUUCUGUCUGGUGGAGCUGGCCUUGCAUGCUGCCGCCACAAUGUGGAGCUGGGGACUGAGGCAGGAACAUGGGAGAUGUGUGCUAUGGGGCAAGGCAGGGCUGGCCCACAUGCUGCUGGCAUGUGGGGCUGUGGACUUGAGCAGGAGUGCAGGAGUUGUGUGCUAUGGGGCUGGGCAGGGCUGGUCCCUCAUGCUGUCACCACGUGGGGCCAGGGACUCAGGCAGGAGUGUGGGAGCUACACAGCAUGAGGCCUGUGGGGCUAGGCCCAGCUGACCCCGCAUGCUGCUGCUAUAUGUGGCUCUGGGCCCCCUCCCAUGUCCAUCCCACACAUACACCCCCACACACUCCAGCCUCCACACAUGCCCAUACCCUCGCCCACACCCCACCACAUACACACACAUCCCCACUCCCCAACCCCAAACUCCCCCAACCACACACCCCGAUGUACACCUCCCUACCCUCACACACACAAUAUACAAGAAUCAGACUUUAUUUUGAGCUAUUAUGCAAUUGCCUCUAUAUACACUACACAAACACAUCAAUCAGGACAAAAAAAAUUUUAAAUAAAAAUUAAAUAUAGUAGAUGUCUGAUUUUUAGUAUUUGAUUUGUUUUUAUUCCAGUUCCAAGAUGGCAACCCUCCUUCCCUUCCCCCCUCCCUGCCUCGAUCCCAAAAGGAGUCCUUUUGGGGCAAGAGGAGGGACUUCUGGGGUCAAAGGCCAUGGGUUAGAGACUUGAGACUUUGGGUCCCAAGAUGACAGCUGGGGACACCUGUCAAGGGGUGGGGCUACCUUGUAGCCCAUGACAACUCACCCAAACUGGUUAAGUGGUCCUUCAGCUGAAAUAAUUGCCCACCCCAGUCUAGCUUGGCCAUCUGCAUAAAGCAAUCCAUGUAAUGUCAAGAAGUGAUCUCAAAAUCAAAUCCUUGACAUCUGACUGACCUACAAUUUGUCUUUUAGAUAGACAUUGGACCAUAAUUUAGAGUUAGAUUAAGUUAUUGUUUAAUUCUCCACCAGUUUUUUUUAUCCUUUUCUCUCCUAAAUCUGGCAAUGACCACCAUCAGAAGUUGGAUAUCAGACUAGGUGGGCUACUAGUCUGCUCUCAUGUAGCAGUUCCUAUGACUGUUUGUAAACAUGCUCACCAUUUUCUAAACUAUGUUAACUGAUUUGCAUCACACAGUUUGAACCAAAUUUCAAUUCUUAUUAAGGGUUAAUAGAUGAUCACUGACCAUCAUGGCAGGGCAUCCUGGCUGUACACAGUCAACACAUUUGACAGCCCCAUAGACCCAGUUCAUAUCCUCUGUGUAUGGGCUUAUGUUUGCAAGUAAUUAGGAGGUGAUAAUAAACCUAUUUAACCACUGAUGUAUUGUUGCAAUCCUACUGACAGUUAUCUAAACUUCUAUUCCAGAGGCUGUAAUGGGUACAAUUGACCUCCAAUUGAUACUUGGUGAGGUGUUGUUCGUACAUUUGACUUCGUAAAGGUGUUACUUUGUGCCUGAUAGCCUUUGUUGUGUUGCAAAAACCCAGUUGAGUUUCCCUUGCGGUGGUUGAAAUUUGCAAUGCUUAUCCUGCUGAGUUCCUAAGGACUCGUAUAUACAUGUUAAUUAAAACAGUUUAAAUUGCCUAAUUUGGA